CGCGCCGGCAUCGGCAUAGCGCACGUGCGCGAGCGUCACACAUCACGGACACCCAGAAAUUCGCUUAGUUAGUCCCCAGACUCUGUGCCACUCGCACGCAUGGAGCUCUAGCAUUUCCCGCGCACGGUAGUGAUAACUGACAACCGGUGAUGCCCGCAAAUCGGAUCUAAUACUUAUCAAACUCCUUCGACUAUCACAAGUGCCAACCUUUAUACAUAGGGAGCCGCGCCGAUGUGUUCGCUGGGAGAGACGGGCCGCUGAGGCCCGCACGGGCUGAUGGCGGCCCCGGGUGUGCUCGCGCUGCUGGCGGCCGCCGCGCUGGCCGCACUGGCCGCGCUGGCGCAGCCGGCGCUCGCCGCGCGCUUCGGGGACCGACUCGCGCCGCGCGUGCCUACGUACACGCCGCGCCACGCGCUUCACGACCGUCACGUCUCGAGUGCCGACUAUGAGGAGUAUGACCAGGAGUAUGAAGAACAAGCCUCCUUCGAAGAUCAUGAGGCUCCUUCGGACACGGAGCCUCCACCUCGACGACCAGCCCGUACCGAGGCUCACCGGCUUGAAAUGAGCACUGAAUACUUUGUAGUGCCCCAAAGAACUUCAUCGACGCCCCCGCCACCCACUCCUUCGCGACCUUUCGUAUCUACAACUACACACCGUCCAUUAAAUACGACAGUGGUUGUACAGACGGCGCGUAUAUCGAUGGGAGCUCUACGGCAGGAAUCAUGGGCGGUUCCAAUUUUGGCUCUGGCCUGCGUGUGUAUGGCAAUGAUCGCUGGUUUCGAAGCAUUUGUCGUGUGGGGAGCGAGUCGCACGGCGCCCAGUCGCCGUCACCUACUCCUGGGUCAAACGCUGCUGUUCGGUUUGUUCACCUGCGCCGCUUCGGCCGCACUGUACGUUGCCACUCCCACUAUGUUCACUUGCGGUGCCGUGCGUUUCGGAACUGGAGUCGCAUACGUAAUCGUAUUCGCGUCUCUACUCGUGAAGUGUGUAUUUUUACUAAGCUUGAACGGUGGUGUGUAUCUACCGGCCGCUUACCAAGGACUUUUGUUAUUUUUCGCGGUAAUGAUUCAAGUGGCCAUCGGCGCCCAGUGGCUAGGCGGAUCGCCACCGCGAGUGAUGACCGACGCGGGCAGAUGUGAAACGCAAUUAUCGGACUUGUUGAUGUCGUUGUGCUACGCGGCGUUCCUGAUCGCCGUGGUGUGCGGCGUCGCGCUGCGGUCGCGCGGCAUCCGCGACAACUACCGCGAGGCGACGCACAUCGCGGGCGCAGGCGGUGUGACGGCCGCGGUGUGGGUGUGCUGGGUGGCGGCGGCGUUGGGCGCACCCGAGCGGCACCGCGACGCGUGCGUGGCGGCGGGGCUGCUGGCGACGUGCGCGGUGGUGUUCGCGCUAAUGUUCGCGCCGAAGGGUCGUCGGCUGGCGGCGCUGGGCCGCGAGGGCCGCUGGGACGCGGACCGCGACGAGGGCCUGAGCUCGCUGGGCGCCGGCGGCUCGGGGUACUCGCCCUCCUUCUUCCACUUCAAGCCCGUGAAGUACGGCAUGGUGUCGGCCGCGGCGCCGCUGCCCGCGCCGCCGCCCGUGCUAGAUCGCAAGGAGCCGCCCGCUCAGCCAGCCGAUCUGUACGGAGCGAUGUUCGCGAGCUCGCCGCACAUGCAUGCGCGCCCUCUGUGCCCCCCACCGCACUACCCCCUGCACCCUCUAAUGCACUACCACUACCCGCCUUAUCACUACAUGUUGCCACCAGGCAUGAUGGUGCGCGAGGAGGGCAACUUGUACACGACCGUGGAGCCCACCUUCAGCAGCAACCCCAACGUAUUCUUCCAGCGCACGGAGCCGUUGCAUGCCGGCAUGAUGUACUGAGCAUCUGACAAACCAGCGUUCCGCCGUGAACAUGGAUUUGACAGCACCGCCUAGCGACCAGCCUCGUUUUAGUACCACGUCUAGGACCAAAAUAUUUCAGAUUAAUCUGCCCGAAGUGUGUUAAGGUAGCGAAUAAUAGAGGUAACCUCUAUUUGUUGUAGUCCUUCGAAAUAAGAGUUUCAUUAGAUCUUAAUUAGAUAUAAGCGAGGUCUCAGUAAUGUAACGCCAUCUGGUGAAACUCUUUAUCGUGGAAAAUCAACUUUGUAUAAAGAUUGCAAAUCGUACGAGCACAGUGGAAGUUAUGUAGGGCGCCGAACUGGAACCACAGUUACUUGAAAAAUAGGGACAGAAUCAUACGAGGAUAGAAAUUAGUUUAUUGCCGAUAAGAAAUAGUAUGUACUUUGUAAUGCGGCCACCAUUUGGGAAUUUCGCCCAAGGUAUUAUUAUUGGUGGAGCAGUUCUUCAUAAACUGAAUUAUAUAAUGAUAAAUUGUCCGAAACGAUGCUGUUACUGUAUAAAGUUGGAUAAAAAAUAUCUAUUCCUUAAAUAGUUUUAUUAGUACGCUAGGAAUUCGUAGACAGACCGGACAUUUAACUUGUAUCCUAUUUAAUGAAUUAAUGCAAUCAAGACUAUGUCACUUGUCUAUUGUUUCGUGGUUUGAAAUUUUUAUCAAACUAUUUGAUUUUGGACUUUCAUUCUUUUGGUGUAGAUGAGUUUUUUGUUUUGCCUUUUCGGCAAAUAAAUAUGUUGCUGCCUAUGUGCACAAGAAUUAACAUGAUGUUGAGGGUGUGAAUGCUUCUGUUUUAAUGUAAUUAUAGUAAUUCUUUUCAUAAAUAUACCUAUACCUACUUUAUGCAGUAUUAAGCAGUGUAUCUAAUAUACGAAUAUUGUAAAUAUAAGUCGUAAAAUUCGACUAAAGAGUGAAAACGAGGUUUGUGAUUUUACGUGUACUUAACCCACCCUGGAAAACUAAAUCAGCUGAUUUCUGAAUAGGUUAAAUAUUCUAAGUUACGGAACCUGAUAAGGUUUACUAAUGUAAGCUCUCUUUUAUAGUAAUGUGUAAAUAAAACUUCUGAAGACUG